CUCUGAAGAAUGAUGAAUGGAAGCAGGAGGCACCUGAGCUCAAUUUUGAGUGUCAUGGCAAAGGAUUCUUUGAGCUAAAGGUGGUCAUGUUGUUUACCCUGAGCUCAUAACAUCACUGAGGAAUUUGUCCUGGUUAAUGUUUGGCAGUGUGAUUCAGGCAGGACCCCACACUAGAGCUCUCACACCCUCAACAGAGUCAGCUCAGCAGCUACAGACACUGGACUUUGUUCUUCCCUUUUAUAAGGAAGUCCUGGGUGUGUGUGUCGUUGACUGAGGCACAGAAUUAAAACAUGUGUGGUAUUUGUGCUACACACUGAAUAAUACAGAAGAAGUAACUCCAACCUCCACCCACCAGAGAUCAGAGGUGUGUCAGGUCAGUCAAUCCUAAGAUGUUCAGGACUAACAGUCCCUUUGGAAAUGACACCAGCAGCUAUGCUGAUUCCAUCCAGUCUAAUGGUUACUCCACUAUGGAUGAGAGAUCUUCACAGAUAUCAAACCUGUCAAGGCCCAGCGCAAAGUCAAUUUACUUGCAAAGGAAGGAAUAUGCAGAAUCAAUAAACAAGAUUAUGGACAAAUUUCAGUACAGAGUGGAGCACCUGUUCACUUGUGACCUGGAUGGGAACGAGCUGAGAGAUGUCGCUGACUGUGUGGAGCGGCUGAAGCUGCUGGAUGGGAUGGGUCGUGUGUGGGGUCAGAGCAUGCUGCUGGAGGUGCGAGGUCCCAAACUGCUGCUCACAGACAUCGAAACCAAGAUGGAGCUGGAGUCCAUAGCUCUUAGAGAUGUCCUGGAGCUAAAGGCUGUUGUGGAUUCAGAGGUGUUUAAUUCCCUGCUCACAGUGUCUGUCCAGGCCAGCAGAAAACACACCACCACUGUGUUCAUGUUUCAGUGCGAGGAUAUCAGGGCUGACCUUAUUCAAAAGGAUCUCUCACGAGCUCUUUCACGAAGGAACCCAAACAGCAAUGCAGGACAUAUGGAUGGACAUCAGGGGAUGAGCAACCAUCGUAAUGCUGCAAAAUCUUCUGAACCGAAAGAGCAGAAUUCAAUGCCCCAGUGGGCAGCUCCUGACUAUGAAGAGUAUGACAUUGCUCACCCUGAAGAGGAAGAGCAACUUUCACUGCAGCCUUUCAUGGCUGAUGAAGAACCUCCACCCCCGUACAAAGAGCUGGACAGGAAUAUAGACAUCUUGAAUCAUAUUUUGAAUGACCUAGAAAUCUUCAUGGGGCAAAUAGCUGCAGUGGUAGCUAAAAAUGCAAAUAAAAAGAAGAAAAAGAAAAAAGGAAAAGUGACGGACAGCAUGCCCCCUGCAGCAGACUUUGCAACUUGUCUCCAGAAGAUCAAAUGUGGUUUCAACCUUCUGGUGGAGCUCAAUGGAAAGAUCACAAAUCCUGGUGUUCCUGAAUUCAUUCACAGCUUAUUCUCCACAUUAGCAUUUGUGGUAUCUCACUGUCCUGAGGAUCUGCCGCCGACCAUUGUGGCGCCGCUGCUGACGCCUCAGUGUAUCCGUCUGAUGAGUGAGGAGGCCUCCACAGAGGAGGACCAGCUGUGGCAGUCUCUGGGAGACGCCUGGAACAUCCCCAGCACCCAAUGGCCUGAAGAAGAUGAGGACAUCCCAACAUACACUCUGGAGUUCUUCGAUGGCUGGCAGCCCCCUGAGGUGUCAGCAACACCUGAACCCAUCUUCUCUGAACCUGUGAGAAGACAGGUUAAACCAUCGGCAAAACCUGAACCCGUCUUCUCUGAACCUGUGACAAGACAGGUUAAACCAUCGGCAAAACCUGAACCCGUCUUCUCUGAACCUGUGACAAGACAGGUUAAGCCAUCAGCAAAACCUGAACCCGUCUACUCUGAACCUGUGAGAAGACAAGAGAGUCCUCAACCUUCAUUCAGCCAGGCUUCAGCCAAGUGGAGACCAUCAUAUCCUCCACAAAAAGCAAGCUCAGACGUGUCAAAACCACGGUCAAAACCACAGCACAUGCGUGUCAAAUACGACUUCAUUUCAAGAAACAACAGAGAGCUCUCCAUCAGAAAAGGAGAAAUCGUUGAGCUGCUGGAUAAGUCAAAGCAAUGGUGGAACGUAAGAAACAGCAGAGGAGAGGAGGGCUUUGUACCCAAUAAUGUCCUGGAGGAUAAUGAUGAGCAGCCUAUCCAGCAAACUGUAGGUCCUCCUGUGCUAACAAAGAGAUCCAAGCCUGCAGAGGUGAAGGCCUGGCUUGAAGACAAGGACUUUAGCAAAAUUACUGUACGCUGUCUGGGUGGACUGAGCGGCCCUGCUCUCCUGGGGAUGACCAGAGAGGAGCUGAAGACAGUGUGUCCAGAGGAAGGGGGACGAGUCUUCAUCCAGUUACAAGCAGUCAAGUCUGCCAUGGCUGCUGCCACUUAAAUGCAACGAAUAACACGGGAAGAGGACAACAAAA